GACAAAUUUCGAUACGGCAUAAAAAAUAAAAUUGUCUAUGAUGGUCAGUUUUCAUUUUUAUUUCUGAUGUCGAAACAACAGUGAAUUUGGUGAAAGUUAUUAUAUGAUAUUUUUGAAAAUCAUUCAAAAAUGAAUAAAUUAAAAUCAUCACAGAGAGAAAUAGUUAAGAAGUUCUUAAUGUUUACACAAACGAGUGAAAGCACUGCCAUAUAUUGCCUCUCACAAAAUGAUUGGAAAUUGGAUCUGGCGAGUGACAACUAUUUUCAGAAUCCAGAUGCCUAUUACAAAGGUUCCGUCAAAGCAUCGGUAGAUAGAAAAAAAGUAGAGCAGUUAUUUAACAAAUAUCGUGAUCAGCAAGAGAACGAUAAAAUCACAGUCGAUGGUGUGAUGAAAUUUCUAGAAGAUCUUAAUUUAAGUCCUGAAUCUAUAUUAGUUCUUAUAAUAGCAUGGAAAUGCAAAGCUGCUGUUCAAUGCGAGUUCACUAAGGAAGAAUUCAUGACGGGUCUCAUAGAGCUGGGAGUGGACAGCAUAAACAAAUUAAAAACUAAAUUACCAACAUUAGAAGUAGAAAUAAAAGAUCCAAAUAAAUUUAAGGAUUUCUAUCAAUUCACAUUCAAUUACGCCAAAAAUCCAGGCCAAAAGGGUUUAGAACUCGACAUGGCUAUAGCAUAUUGGAACAUUGUUCUCCGUGGAAGAUUCAAAUUUCUAGAUGCAUGGUGUAAAUUCCUAACGGACAACCACAAGCGCUCAAUCCCCAAAGACACAUGGAACCUUCUUUUAGAUUUUGCCACACAGAUUGACGAUGGUAUGAGCAAUUACGAUGCCGAGGGAGCCUGGCCAGUUCUCAUUGACGAUUUUGUAGAGUGGUGCCAGAAACAAGAGCUGACGGCCGACGGAGUCAAGUCUUUAGAGCCAGCAUCCGGCUAGCUGAUACUGAAAGGCUUCCAGUAUGAAGCGAGUGUACAAAAAGUUUGUACAAAAACUGAUAAACCAGAGGAAAGUGUUUUCAAACAGUUGCGGUUGAUUAUUUUUUUAAUUUUGGCUCGCCUUCUACUCUUCGUCCUGGAACUGUGCACCGGGGAGGGUUUAGCUAUCUUUAUUAUUUACUAUUUUUGUAGAUGACUAAAUUGAGAAUUUUUGUUUUUGUGCAUCUACAACAAACUGAACGUUUUGUUCAACGAAUUACAUAUUAACAGAAACUUUAUCACAAAGAUACGUUGUUCUCGUCCGUUAGUAUAAUGUACUCUAGGCGACCCGUUUCCUAAUGGUGUGUAGCGAAAAAUAAUUUUGAAUUAAAUAUUUGCAUUGAAAAUGUAGGGUAAAUUGAAAUAUUUGAUUUUAGAAUUUUCGAAUCAGAUUUAAUCCUUGCGUUAUAGCAUACUAAUCUGUGAAAGUAUAAAAUUAAGAUGUAAAUAUGUAUAUACAUGUUAAUGAUAUUAUUUUUUUUUUUAUUUUUAUUAAACCCUAGAUCUCUUCCUAUGUUUCUUUUUGUCGCCAGUUGUUAAAUAUUCAACCUUUAUUCUUAAUAUUAUGAUCAGAGAUGCAAAAAGAAGACAUCUCACAGUUGGUAAAUAAUGCAACGUGGUUCAGACAUGUUUGCAUAUUUUAUCCAAUAAAAAUGAGUGUCUGUUGAUUGUAUUUGUCGGUUUAGAAAAAUAUUUAUGUAUAAAUUAAUAAGUUUGGGACUAACGGUGCCUAAAUAACAACAGAUUGUGUUACAAUUAUAACGUUAACUGUGAUUGUCAUUUUAAUAACUUAAAAGUAAAUUAUUUAUAUUAAAUUUAACUUAAACUAGCUCAUGUUGAUGUAGUUGGACAGCGACAUUAUUUACUCUCUGAUUAGGCGGCAAUAGUUGCGCGACAACGUUAGUCGCGUUUGUCGAAAUAUUAAAAAAAGUAUAGGUACACUGUCAGUAUGAGUUUUAUGAGGAAAUUUCUGAUAUUUUAGCUGAAAUUGUUACUUCUGUGGUUAAAUUGAUACAUUUGAUUGUUUGGUACUUACAAUUAGAUUUAUUGUACAAAAGAUUUAAAAUUAAUGUAUCGAGUAUUAACUAAAAAUAAAUUGUUAAAUAAA